AUGUCUUCCAUUACUCGCCAACUGCGUCCGCGGGUGCUGGUCCGCGCAUCCUUCAGAGCUGUGCCCGCAGUAUGCGCGCAACCUCAACGUUUCCCCGCGCGCGCAAAGGCCCUUGGUAUUGCGACAUGCCGAGGCAUUACGACGACACCAGCGCGCAGGUCGCAGAAGGCGCCUGCCACGAAGAGAGGUGGCUCAAAGCUGUAUGCGUCUGCGGAUGAGGCUGUCGCGGACAUCAAGAGCGGAUCAACCAUUCUGAGUUCGGGAUUCGGACUUUGUGGUGUCGCCGACACAAUCAUCGGUGCACUCAAUCGCAGAGGAGCAGAGAAUCUGCACUCGCUGACAGCAGUGUCAAACAAUGCCGGCCAAGAGGGCAAGGGUGGUCUGGCUGUCCUCACCAAGGCUGGCCAGGUGAACCGCCUGAUUUUGUCCUUCCUUGGCAACAACAAGGCUUUGGAGAAGAAGUAUCUCGCUGGAGAAAUCGGCAUCGAGCUGUGCCCUCAGGGAACGCUGGCAGAGAGAAUCCGUGCCGGUGGCGCUGGGAUCCCCGCCUUCUUUACCCCUACUGGAGCUCACUCACUGGUUCAAAGCGGUGAUAUUCCCGUGAAGCUGGACGCCUCUGGCGCAGUCAAGGAGCGCGGCCGAACGAGGGAGACGAGGGAGUUCAACGGCAAGACGUAUCUCAUGGAGACUGCGCUCACCGGAGACGUGGCUAUCUUGAGGGCGUGGAAAGUCGACACAGCAGGAAACUGCGUGUUCAGAUACACCACCAAAGCAUUCGGACCCAUCAUGGCCAAGGCCGCAACUGUCACCAUUGUCGAGGCAGAGAACAUUGUCGAGGCUGGCGCAAUCGACCCCAAUGACGUUGACUUGCCCGGUAUUUUCGUCGACCGAAUCGUGCCCUCGACCGCCGAGAAGAAUAUUGAGAUCCUCAAGACGAGGGUGGAGGAGGGCGAGGGCGAGGACCUGAAUGCGCCCAAGAAUGACGCGCAGGCGAGGCGGAAUCGCAUUGCCAGGCGUGCGGCGAAGGAGUUGCAAGAGGGGUUCUACGUGAACCUCGGCGUUGGAAUCCCGACUCUGGCGCCCUCGUUCCUCCCGGCUGAGCGUAAUGUUUGGAUUCAAUCAGAGAACGGAAUCCUGGGCAUGGGCCCUUACCCAACCAUGGACCAGGUUGACGCCGAUAUUGUCAACGCGGGCAAGGAGACCGUCACCCUCGUCCCCGGUGCCUCGACCUUUGACAGCGCCGAGUCCUUUGGCAUGAUCCGUGGCGGCCACGUGGACGUCUCCAUCCUCGGUGCGCUGCAGGUCAGCGCCACGGGCGACUUGGCCAACUACAUGAUCCCCGGCAAGGUGUUCAAGGGCAUGGGUGGCGCCAUGGAUUUAGUGUCCAACCCCGACAAUACCAAGAUUGUCGUUGCGACUGAGCACGUCGCCAAGGAUGGCUCGUCCAAGAUUGUGCAGGAUUGCAGUCUGCCGUUGACCGGUGCUCGUGUUGUCAGCACAAUCAUUACUGAUCUGUGUGUCUUUGAGGUGGAUCGCAAGAAUGGCGGGCUGACCCUCACCGAGGUUGCGCCCGGUGUCGACGUUGAGGAAGUAAAGUCAAAGACGGACGCCACGUUUGAGGUCGCAAAGGAUCUCAAGACGAUGGAGUAA